AUGCUCCUGCGCGUGAAUCAUCAUCGCGCCAUCGAUAUUAAAAACAAGAAGGACGAUGAUUUCAAAAAGAAGCCGAGCAAAAAAGCUCUCGUCGUAAAAGGCUUUCGUUUUGGUGCGUCUCGUUCUUUUUCUUCCUUAAACUCGUCGUCAUCGCGCUCAUCCGAUUUAUCCACUUUUAGGGAAACUUGCGCGGAAGAGGAUGACGAUCGAAGAAGAAGAAGACAAAAGAGAACAAAAACCACGAACUCUUUCCUCCUCUUCGUGAACGCAAUGUUCUUAAACGCAGAACCCGCAUUUGCGAGAGAGAUUUUAACCGCCACGGGUGAAGUCUUCCAAGGCGGGCCGACGGCGCCGGAAGGAUUCGAUUCCGGGGCGAACUUUGUGGUUGUUUUCGUGACUGUGCUUCUCGCUGGGUACGGGAUGGUGACGUCGUUUGAAAAUCAAGCGGAAACGACGGAAGCGGCGACGUUAGAUCGAGUGAGUAAGCAGAAGGAGUACAUGGAGAAGUACGCGGGGAAGAGUGGGCGUUUGGGGAUGGUUUCUUCGUCGAUAAUGAGCGAUGAUGGUGAUGACGACACGAAGAGCGAGGAGGACGGGGCGAAAGUUUUGGAGGCGCGAGGAUGCGUCGGCGUGGUAAAGGUCCUCUCCGAAGAGACGUGCAGAGAGCUGUUGGAACACAUCAACUCCGCAAUCGCGAAAGAUUCCGAGGACAGAACCAACCCAAACUUUGGAAACGUGUAUUCGCGGAAAAAUAGGUUUGAUUACAAGUUGGAUUUGAAACAGCCGACGGUGCGCAAAGCGGUCAAGGAGGCGAGCGCGAAUUUGAGACAGAUCCUCGCGAAAACGUGCGGGAAUAGAAAGAUAGGCGGGACGAGUUCCGACGAAAACCAAAUUGAACUUCUAGAACUCGCCGCUUUAGUCUCGGAUCCGCAAAGUUCCAGACAACCGGUUCACCCGGAUACGAACUACCGCCAAAACCUCUGCGCCGUGACCACCUUCAUCGCCUUGCAAGACGUCUCCGAAGCCAUGGGUCCUACCUUAUUCAUCCCGGAAACGAACACGUUAGAGGCGCACAAAUCUUUCCAAGAGAACUUAGAACUCGGAGGUCCAACCUUGUUAAAACCAAACGUCAAAGCGUUGCUUAAAACCGGCGAUGGUUCCGUCUUUGACUCGCGACUGUUACACUGCGGUACCGAAAACGUCAGCGAGAGUAGACGGGUGUUGUUUUACAUCACCUACGGGCCCAAAAACGCCGAGAAUCCAAACCGAGGGUUUAGCACUAUUCGAGAGGAAUUUCGGGGGAGGUACACUUUAGAGGACGUGUGCGCGUAA